AUGAGAAAUUUCAAAAUCUUUUGGAUUUCAAACAUUACGAUCGCUGAUCUAUACCUACCAACAGCAUUUGAACACGAUGGUAUGGAAAUAUUCAAACUGCUCUGCCAGGAAGUACCGGAUCUAUGCGUAUUUUCCUAUGAUAUCGCCUGUCGAAUUGCUGCAAUACAGAGUUACUCAAAUGACUAUUUACCAAUAGUAACCAAAAGAAAUUUAAAUUCGAAUCAACUCUACCAAAUUGCAACGAAACUCGAUCAUGGAGAUGAUUCAACAACACUUCCUUCAGGAGAAUCAAUUAGCCAAGAACAAAUCUUAUUGAAAUGCAUUGGUUUAGAUCCAAACAAUGCAGAAGCAUAUCACAUGCUGGCAACGAUUCUUUCCGAUAAAGAUCAUCAACCAUCGAUCAUUCUUCCAUCAGGAGAAUCAAUGACAGAGAAACAGCUAUACUUGAAAGUAAUAGAGAUUGAUCCAAAUCACCUUCAAGCAUAUUAUAACCUUGCAUUAACACUAUCAUCCGAUGGCGAUGAAACAAUCACACUUUUAAAUGGACAAUCGAUAACAGAACAACAAUUAUACAUGAAAUCAAUAGAUUGUGAUCCAUUGCAUUCCAAUUCAUACAGUAACCUUGCAUAUUCACUAUCAUCUGGUGAUGAAACAAUCACAUUAUUAAAUGGACAAUCGAUGACACAACAACAACUAUACUUGAAAGCAAUAGAAUGUGACCCAACCGACCCGAAUCCAUACAAUAACCUUGCCUAUACACUAUUAUCUUGUGAUGAAACAAUCACACUUUUAAAUGGAGAAUCAAUGACACAACAUCAACUAUAUUUGAAGGCGAUAGAAUGUAGUCCAACCGACUCCGAUCCAUACUAUAACCUUGCAACAACACUAUCAUCCAACGAAGAUAAUAUAAUCACACUUUUUAAUGGACAAUCAAUGACACAACACCAACUAUACUUGAAAGCAAUAGAGUGUGAUCCAUUCCAUUUCAAUUCGUAUUUUAACCUUGCAUAUUCACUAUCGUCUAACGAAAUAAUCAAUUUUCUUAAUGGACAGUCAAUGACAAAACAACAACUAUACUUGAAAGUAAUAGAGUGUGACCCAUUGAAUACCAUUGCAUAUUAUAACCUUGCCAAUACAUUAUCAUCUGAUGAAACAAUCACACUUUUAAAUGGACUUUCAAUGACAGAACAACAAUUAUACUUGAAAGCAAUAGAAUGUGGUCCAUUACAUGCCAAUUCAUACAGUAACCUUGCAUGUACACUAAAAUCUUCAAAUGAAACAAUCACACUUUUCAAUGGACAAUCGAUGACACAACAACAACUAUACUUGAAAGCAAUAGAAUGUAAUCCGUUACAUGCCAAUUCAUACAGUAACCUUGCAUGUACACUAAAAUCUUCAAAUGAAACAAUCACACUUUUAAAUGGAGAAUCGAUGACACAACAACAACUAUACUUGAAAGCAAUAGAAUGUAAUCCGUUAAAUGCCAAUUCAUACAGUAACCUUGCAUGUACACUAAAAUCUUCAAAUGAAACAAUCAAACUUUUAAAUGGACAAUCGAUGACAGAACAACAAUUAUACUUGAAAGCAAUAGAAUGUGAUCCAUUACAUGCCAAUUCAUACAGUAACCUUGCAUGUACACUAAAAUCUUCAAAUGAAACAAUCACACUUUUAAAUGGAGAAUCGAUGACACAACACCAACUAUACUUGAAAGCAAUAGAAUGUAAUCCGUUAAAUGCCAACUCAUACAAUAACCUUGCAUGUACACUAAAAUCUUCAAAUGAAACAAUCACACUUUUCAAUGGACAAUCGAUGACCAAACAACAGUUAUACUUGAAAUCAAUAGAUUAUGAUCCAUUUCAAGCCAAUUUUUAUUAUAAUCUUGUAUUAUCACUAUCAUCAGAUAAUGCAAUCACACUUUUAAAUGGAGAAUCGAUGACCAAACAACAGUUAUACUUGAAAGCAAUAGAAUGUGAUCCAUUACAUGCCAAAUCCUUCAAUAAACUUGCAACUUCGCUCUCAUCAAAAGAAACAAUUACACUCCAUGAUGGACUAUCAAUGACAAAACAACAACUAUAUUUAGAAGCUAUCAAAAAUGGUCACACACAAAUCAAUGUAUAUAGGCACCUUGGACUCACACUUUCAAACAACAAACAAACAAUAACACUUCCAAAUGGUGAACAAAUGUCAAGAAGACAACUCCUUAGAAAAGCAAGAUCUUAA